AUGAAGAUUACCGACAGUGAUGUGAUUCGCUUUCACCUUCAACUUAUUCAUGGAAUAAAUGUCAAAAGUUUUGAGAGGAAGACUGAAAGACAUUUUGGUAGUGGUGCGAAGAUCUUUGGUGUUCCUCUGGAGAAUUUGUCAAGAAGUUUCAUUCCUGAAUUUGGCCUGGUUCCUGGCUUUCUGGUGGACUCUUGUUCGUUUCUUCUGGAGCGUGCCGGAACCGUGGGCCUCUUCCGGAAACCAGGCUCGCUCCCUCGCAUCAAGGCCCUCAGAGCCAAGCUGAAUCGUGGAGAGGCUUGUCUCUCCACAGCCUUCGCCUACGACGUGGCCACCCUCAUCAAGCAGUUCUGUCGGGAGCUACCAGACCCUCUAAUACCUACAGAGAUCCACGAGGCGAUGCUUAAAGCCCAGAUGCUGGACUCCCUUCAGGACAGAACCUCGGCACUCCAGCUGCUAUCCUGCUUACUGCCUGCCAGAAACUCCUCAUGUCUGCAUUAUCUGUUUGACUUCCUGUCCAAAGUGAACCAGAGAUGUGAGGAAAACUUGAUGACCAGCUCCAAUCUGGCUAUGGUCUUUGCCCCCUGUCUCCUACCGCCUCCUAACAAACACGAGAUGUCCGAACGACGCUUUGAACUUCGAAUUCUUGCCCUGUGCGCCUUCAUCGAAAAUCCGCAUUUGUUUGGGGUGAUUCCAAAGGCUGUCCUGGAAAGUAUGGACUUCCUGAUCAACUGCCACCUUCUGGAGGAUGUAUCCUCAAAGACGCCAAAGAGACACAGUUUGAAAGGUUGCAAUGUUAAGACGGCAACCAAAACAAUGCUUGCGUACUUUACUCGGUUCGUUUGUUUUACAUUCACGUAGCUUUGUGGUCUGUUAAGACUGUACCGUGGAUUCAAGCGAAGUCGAAGGUCAGGCCAGCAGACCAUCAGCGAACUCAGGAGUCCGACUUGCGAGGAAGACCGACUCUCAGGAGGAGUGUCGGCUUGGAGACGUUCCCAAAUAUCGCUUUUUUUAGGGCCUGCGUGAGUGAAGAUUCAUCACCUGGAGCUGCCAUCUUGGAUGCCUUAAAUCCUGGCAAACCGUCUAAGAUAAAAAGGGACAUGCGUCUUGGUCUUUCCCCUGACCCGAGCCAAGGACAGAAUGCAUCUUUGUUCACUGGAGUGGGCAAGCUGCAACUGGCGUCUUGGAGUCGACGGAUUUCUUUAUGACGCAACUGUGGCAUUUUUAAAAACCUUUUAAUACAUUUAGAUUUUAUUUAAAUUAUUGAUUUAGCUAUAA